CGGAGGGCGGGCGGGUGCGUAGCGCGAAAAGGCAGCCUCGGCGCCGCCCCGCUCGGAGGCAGCUCAGGAAGCCCCAGAUCCAAGGUGCCUCUAACAGGCUGGCAAUUGGCAUCUAGCAUGCGUCACCUCUAGACAGCUGCACACGGCCCCGACACGUCUCUCCAGUACGCCUGGCCUGCGGCUUGGGGACACGGCCCACCUCUUCUCCUGACGUCUGCCUGAUCAUCCGUCACUUCCUUGGAGAACAAGGAGGGAGCAGACGCAUGAAAUCAUGCCACCAAUGUCCCGACAGCAAUGAAGGAGUGACGCCAGUUGACGUCACAGGCAAAGAAGACCCGGACCCCAGGGCCGCUGGCUCUCGAGACUCUCGCGGCCCCUGCAGCACCUUCUCUCGGAACAGCCUGAAGCCUGGCAUCUCCUGGGGACGUUGCUGGCUUGACACAUUCUGAGGUCUCCAGGCCCUUGGAUACAGGACGCCAUGGAGAAUCACAUGUUCACUGUACAGCAGAUCCAACCCAAUGUCAUUUCUGUCCGCCUCUUCAAACGCAAAGUGGGGGGCCUGGGCUUCCUGGUAAAGGAGCGGGUGAGCAAGCCCCCUGUGAUCAUCUCUGACCUGAUUCGAGGGGGUGCCGCGGAGCAGAGUGGCCUCAUCCAGGCUGGAGACAUCAUUCUCGCCGUCAACGGCCAGCCCUUGGUGGAUCUGAGCUAUGACAGUGCCCUGGAGGUACUCAGGGGCAUUGCCUCCGAGACCCAUGUGGUCCUCAUUCUGAGGGGGCCUGAGGGCUUCACCACGCACCUAGAGACUACCUUUACAGGGGACGGUACCCCUAAGACCAUUCGGGUGACACGGCCCCUGGGGCCACCUGCCACCGCCGUCGACCUGACCCACCAGCCAUCAGCCAGCAAAGAGCAGCCACCGGCCGUGGACAGGGCUAUGGGUCCCAGAGACGGGCCCCCGCCUGCCUCAGACAACGGGCAGGAAGCAGGCCUGCUCUCCCACACCAACGGCCUGGCUCCCAGGCCCCCAAGCCAGAAUCCUGCCCAGAAAAGUGCUGGGGUUGGCCCCCAGGCCAGCGGGGAGAACAACGAACUGCUCAGAGAGAUAGAGCCAGUGCUGAACCUGCUCACCAGUGGGGGCAAAGGGCGCAAUGGCGGGGCAGCUUCCAAGGCACAGACAAAAGACGCGGAAGUCCAGGUGGACAGAGAUCUGAUGGACGGCAAGUCACACAAGCCACUGCCUCUUGGUGUGGAGAAUGACCGAGUCUUCAAUGACCUGUGGGGGAAGGGCAACGUGCCUGUUGUCCUCAACAACCCAUAUUCAGAGAAGGAGCAGUCCCCUGCCUCGGGAAAACAGUCCCCCACAAAAAAUGGCAGUCCCUCCAAGUGCCCCCGCUUUCUCAAGGUCAAGAACUGGGAGACCGAUGCGGUUCUCACUGACACCCUCCACCUUAAGAGCACGUUGGAAUCGGGAUGCACUGAGCACAUCUGCAUGGGCUCCAUCAUGCUUCCUUCCCAGCAAGUCCGAAGACCUGAAGACGUCCGCACAAAAGAACAACUCUUCCCUCUCGCCAAGGAGUUCAUUGAUCAGUACUACUCGUCAAUUAAAAGAUUUGGCUCCAAAGCGCACAUGGAGCGGCUGGAAGAGGUGAACAAAGAGAUCGAAACCAACAGCACCUACCAGCUCAAGGACACAGAGCUCAUCUACGGGGCCAAGCACGCCUGGCGGAAUGCCUCCCGCUGCGUGGGCAGGAUCCAGUGGUCCAAGCUGCAGGUGUUCGAUGCCCGCGACUGCACCACCGCUCAUGGGAUGUUCAACUACAUCUGCAACCACAUCAAGUACGCCACCAACAAAGGCAACCUCAGGUCAGCCAUCACCAUCUUUCCCCAGAGGACCGACGGCAAGCAUGACUUCCGCGUCUGGAACUCCCAGCUCAUCCGCUAUGCUGGCUAUAAGCAGCCGGACAGUUCCAUCCUGGGGGACCCAGCUAACGUGGAGUUCACAGAGAUCUGUGUGCAGCAAGGCUGGAAACCGCCGAGAGGCCGCUUCGAUGUCCUGCCACUCCUGCUGCAGGCCAACGGCAAUGAUCCUGAGCUCUUCCAGAUCCCUCCAGAGCUGGUGCUGGAAGUGCCCAUCAGGCACCCCAAGUUUGAGUGGUUCAAGGACCUGGGGCUGAAGUGGUACGGCCUCCCUGCCGUGUCCAACAUGCUCCUGGAGAUCGGCGGCCUGGAGUUCAGUGCCUGUCCCUUCAGCGGCUGGUACAUGGGCACAGAGAUUGGCGUCCGAGACUACUGUGACAACUCGAGAUACAACAUUCUGGAGGAAGUGGCCAAGAAGAUGAACUUGGACAUGAGGAAGACCUCCUCCCUGUGGAAGGACCAGGCGCUGGUGGAGAUCAACAUUGCUGUUCUCUACAGCUUCCAGAGUGACAAGGUGACCAUCGUGGACCACCACUCAGCCACCGAGUCCUUCAUCAAGCACAUGGAGAACGAGUUCCGCUGCCGGGGGGGCUGCCCCGCCGACUGGGUGUGGAUUGUGCCCCCCAUGUCUGGCAGCAUCACCCCCGUCUUCCACCAGGAGAUGCUCAACUACCGGCUCACCCCCUCCUUCGAAUACCAGCCUGACCCCUGGAACACCCACGUCUGGAAAGGCACUAAUGGGACCCCCACAAAGCGGCGAGCCAUCGGCUUCAAGAAGCUGGCAGAAGCUGUCAAGUUUUCUGCCAAGCUGAUGGGACAAGCAAUGGCCAAGAGGGUCAAGGCUACAAUCCUUUAUGCCACAGAGACAGGCAAGUCACAAGCCUAUGCCAAAACCUUGUGUGAAAUCUUCAAACACGCCUUUGAUGCCAAGGUGAUGUCCAUGGAAGAAUAUGACAUCGUGCACCUGGAACAUGAAACUUUGGUUCUAGUGGUUACAAGCACCUUUGGCAAUGGAGACCCCCCUGAGAACGGGGAGAAAUUCGGCUGUGCUCUGAUGGAAAUGAGACACCCCAACUCCAUGCACGAGGAGAGGAAGUACCCGGAACGCUUGCGUUUCUUUCCCCGUAAAGGGCCUCCCCUCCCCCGAAGUGACACCGGAGUGCCUGGUCUGGCUGCAGCCCGCGACAGCCAGCGCAGGAGCUACAAGGUCCGGUUCAAUAGCGUCUCUUCAUAUUCUGACUCCCGAAAAUCAUCAGGUGAUGGACCCGACCUCCGAGACAACUUUGAGAGUGCCGGCCCCCUGGCCAAUGUGAGGUUCUCGGUGUUUGGCCUUGGCUCGCGGGCAUAUCCUCACUUCUGCGCCUUUGGACAUGCUGUGGACACCCUCCUGGAAGAGUUGGGAGGAGAGAGGAUCCUGAAGAUGAGGGAGGGGGAUGAGCUCUGUGGGCAGGAAGAGGCUUUCAGGACCUGGGCCAAGAAGGUCUUCAAGGCAGCCUGUGAUGUGUUCUGCGUGGGGGAUGAUGUCAAUAUUGAGAAAGCGAACAACUCCCUCAUCAGCAACGACCGCAGCUGGAAGAGGAACAAAUUCCGACUCACCUAUGUGGCUGAAGCUCCAGAACUCACACAAGGUCUGUCCAAUGUCCACAAAAAGCGGGUCUCAGCUGCUCGACUCCUCAGCCGUCAAAACCUUCAGAGCCCUAACUCCAGCCGGUCCACCAUCUUCGUGCGUCUCCACACCAAUGGGAAUCAGGAGCUGCUCUACCAGCCUGGGGACCACCUGGGCGUCUUCCCCGGCAACCACGAGGACCUGGUGAAUGCCCUGAUCGAGCGUCUGGAGGAUGCACCCCCUGUCAACCAGCUGGUGAAGGUGGAGCUGCUGGAGGAACGGAACACGGCUUUGGGCGUAAUCAGUAACUGGACGGACGAGCACCGCCUCCCGCCCUGCACCAUCUUCCAGGCCUUCAAGUACUACCUGGACAUCACCACACCGCCCACGCCCCUGCAGCUGCAACAGUUUGCCUCCCUGGCCACCAGCGAGAAGGAGAAGCAGCGUCUGCUGGUCCUUAGCAAGGGUUUGCAGGAGUAUGAGGAGUGGAAAUGGGGCAAGAACCCCACCAUCGUGGAGGCGCUGGAGGAGUUCCCGUCCGUCCAGAUGCCCGCCACGCUGCUGCUGACCCAGCUGUCCCUCCUGCAGCCUCGCUACUACUCCAUCAGCUCCUCCCCAGACAUGUACCCCGACGAGGUGCACCUGACCGUGGCCGUUGUCUCCUACCGCACCGGAGAUGGAGACGGACCCGUGCACCACGGUGUGUGCUCCUCCUGGCUCAACCGCAUCCAGGCUGACGAGGGCGUGCCCUGUUUCGUGCGAGGCGCGCCCAGCUUCCGUCUGCCCCGAAACCCCCAAGUGCCGUGCAUCCUGGUCGGCCCGGGCACGGGCAUUGCCCCUUUCCGAAGCUUCUGGCAGCAGCGGCAGUUUGAUAUCCAACACAAAGGACUGAGCCCCUGCCCCAUGGUCCUGGUCUUCGGGUGCCGGCAGGCCAAGAUAGACCACAUCUACCGGGAGGAGACCCUGCAGGCCAAGAACAAGGGCGUCUUCCGGGAGCUGUACACGGCCUACUCCAGGGAGCCAGACAAACCAAAGAAGUACGUGCAAGACAUCCUGCAGGAGCAGCUGGCAGAGCCCGUGUACAGAGCCCUGAAGGAGCAAGGAGGCCACAUUUACGUGUGCGGGGAUGUCACCAUGGCUGCUGACGUCCUCAAAGCCGUCCAGCACAUCAUGGCCCAGCAGGGGAAGCUCUCGGCCGAGGACGCAGGCGUGUUCAUCAGCAGACUGAGGGAUGACAACCGGUACCAUGAGGAUAUUUUCGGGGUCACCCUGCGCACCUAUGAAGUGACCAACCGCCUUAGAUCUGAAUCCAUUGCCUUCAUUGAAGAGAGCAAAAAGGACACUGAUGAGGUUUUCAGCUCCUAACUGGAUCCUCCUGCGGGGGCAGGAGGGCCCCCCGGGCGCGGAGGCGGGCGGCUGCAGCUUGCCCUCGGGACCCGGGACCCGGCGGCCCCAGCUCUGCCUCUCGUCCUGUCACCGUGGCCUGGUUUUCCUCCUCUGGGUUCUCGCUGUCACUGGUUUCCUGGGCCCCUCGGGCUGCUCCUUGAUCCCCGCUGCAGUGCAUCGCCUUUGUCACCCGCAGUGGCUCUUACCGACGCCUCCCCUCUUCCUGGCAAGGACAGCUCACUGCGCAGGGAACCUCCGCUCGUUUUCUUGUUUUCCGGGACAGGGGUUUCCUGCGCCCGUCACCAGCCCCUCGCUCCCUGACCCGUUUUUAUGAUGCCGUUUUGGCCGCGAGUGCGUGUGCUGGGCUGGGUCUCGGGCGCAUGUGGUCUGUGUGAGCGUGCCACUUGCACCUUGGUGCCCAGAGGUGCCCCAACCUGUAGUAUUCCUCGGGCGUCCAAAAGUAAGGGUCUGUGCCAAAAGUAAGGGUAAGUGUCCCUGAUUGUCCUGUAAAGGGCGAGGCCAUGGGGUGGGGGUGACGGUUAAGGGGGAAAUCUGCAAUGAAAGGGGGAGUCCCAGAACUAGAUCCUGUUACACUAGGCGGGGGGGGGGGGGACCUCUCCUGGGUUCUUAAGCUCCCUAACUGGACAAACCCCCUCCCACUCCUCCCGUCCCCUGUAUGGGAGUAAAUGGCACCCCUCUCGACAGUUCAGUGUACUGAACUCGGCGUCCCGCAGUGCCCAGAGAAAGCCAGGCAAUGCCAGUGAGCCCCAACCCCAGGACCACCAUGCAGGGUAUGCCCUGGGACCCAGGUUGGGAAGCGGGGAGACACAGCCAGUCCCCACCUUCCCUUUUGACUGUGGUACUACAAGACAGGUUCCUUUGUGGACCCACAGAGGGUGUUUCUUUCUUAAUGCUCAGUUUGGGGCCCUGCCUGGCCUUCUGUGGAAGGGCCUCAGCACUGGGGUGCCAAAGAGGUAUCCCUGGGGGGCUUUAAAGCCAAAGGGCAACCUGGACUUCGCCUUUCUCCCCUCUCUGGAGCCCCAGCUGACAGCAACUUGUAGCUGGGGGCUGUGAUCUCCCACCCCGAGUCCUCCCCUCAGACUGUCAGAGCCCAAGAGCUGGGCACACCCAGCUGAGCCUCUUUAACGCGGAGGGGGCCCCUGGAAACCACCUCUCCCCUGCAGGUGCCACCACCUCUGUGUUCCUGGGAGCUUUUCUGCCAGAGGCCUUCUUCCCACCCCUCUGCACCUUUGGCGUGUCCUCCUGAGCCGUCACUAGCUCCCCAGGGACUGGUCCUCUGUCAGAGAGGGAUGGCUGCUUACUCUCCCUGUCACGCUUUCCCCACGGAUGGCUCCCAUCGCCUAAUACGACCUGGGGAGCGCUUACCAUGUGCCAGGCACCUUCUUCACAUGUGCCUGCCUUGCUGGUAGUAGGCAGACAGGUGGACACAUCUUGUUUUAUCGGGGAACCCAAAGAAAUGAUUAUGUAACCAGAAUUCAGCUCUUUCUAAAAGGAUAUUUUCUUUUAAGUAAACACCUUUCAAUCCCCAACACAAGCUGCUUCACAGCUCUUGGCUUAGAUGAUAGGAGACUGCUCUGAUGCAUUUCUCUCAUUUGCUACAAUUCCUGAUCCCAAAAGCCUGGCUGUUAGGAGCUCAGAGGAGGCAGAGUGGAGUCCCAGUUUGGGGGUUAGCUCUGUUCCCGGUGGGCAAAUGCUGCCCUCUGGUGGUGACUUUGAGUUCAGUCCCUGCGGCCAAAAAUAGGUGCAAAAUGGGUUCAGCAAUAGAUGAGCAAAAAUACAGUCAACUCUAGCUAGGGCUUGGGGGUCAGCCAGCACCUUUUAUUUUCUUCUCCCCUGAACUGGCCUGUAGUAGCUCCAACUCCGUUUAACAAAAGUGAGUUUGGCCAAGAAGAGUGAGAUCCCUGCUAGCAGGAGCUGGAACCAUUGUCUCUAUGAAUCCAACUCCCCAUGUUGUGUUUCAAAACAAGUAAGAGUAGUUAAACUCGUUGGGAAGAGAAAGGGUUUCUUUGGCUUCCAUGGAGUGAGAAAGCCAGCUGUCUUUCUUUUGGGAGAAUGCUUUUGGAAGCGGACUCCGCCCCAUUUCCGUUGGCAAGGGCCUGGUGUCUGCAUACCACACGCGUUAAGAGGUGCAUUGAGUGAGAUGAUGACCCGAAAAUACCCCAGGACAGUGCCUGCCCAUUGUAAGCAAUCAAAUUUUAUUUUUCACUUAAUCGAUAAGAUCUCUUGCUUCUCCGGGAUGUGGAAGGCACCAGUUAUGGGGUGUGCAGAGCGAAAUCCGGGACCUCAUUUAUCAAAGGUGACUUAUCUGGUGAUAAGUAACGGUUCUCAGGAUAGACAGAAACGUCUGGGGUUUGAGAGUCCAUAGGCCAGUUUGUGGGGGCCCGGGAGCAGGUGUCAGGAUGUGGAAGAAACCUAGGUGGGGAGCAUUUGGGGCAAAUCAGGGUUGCCUUCAGAUGUAGCCCAGCUUUGGAAAGCUGAGGGACCGGAAGAGGGGCCUGCAGAGGGCAGUGGGGAGAGGGGAGGGACACGUCAAGGAAUUUAGACUUUUUUCUCUGGGCCACAGAAAGUCCUUAAAAGUGUUUUUAUUUUUCCCAAAAGGGAAAUUAAAACGAUAGCAUUGUGCUCAAGAGGGGCUAUUCUGGCUGCAGCCAGCCUAUCAAACAGCUGGCUUACCGCAGUAACCCAGGCUUGAGUGAAGGGAGAGGGAGAGGUGGUGAUCCCAAGGAUCCCAGGGGUUCAGUCCACAAGACCCGGAGACUGAUGUGUCCUAGAACAAAGGGGUAAUUCAAAAGUCUUGCCUCUUGAGGAAGGGGCUCAGGAGAACGAACAGGCCACGGCCAGGCCGGGGUGGGCAGUGGGGAGUGUGUGGUGUUGACACAAGAGCCAGCGUCUCUAGAGUCGGCGAGUGAACCCCCGGCCCGGCCGCGCCGACGCGCCCAGAAAGAAGACAGACCCCAGCCAAGAGACGCUGGCCUCGGAACACGGGAUUUUCUUGCCAAACAAGCCCUCUGCAGCCACCUGCGUGGCUUCGGAAAGCAGGUCAGGUUUUGCCUUAAGUCCAAAACAAGUGGACCGUGGACUCUCUGACCCAGAUCAUGGGGCAGAUGGGCCCUGCCAGGAUGGACAAGCCAAAUGCCUGGCCCCUUCACCCUGAUGGCUUUGGCCUGGCUUAGUCUUUUCGUUCGUGUGUUAGGAAAGCCAUGAACUUUAGAUUUUGUUUUAAGCUGGCUGUGUUUACUUGUAAAUUUCCACGUCCACUGCCCCAUCUCUAGCACGUCACUGUGCCCUCUUCCCUCAAAACCUUCUGUCUGAAUAGGCAAGAAACUGCCUGUGGUGACAAGAAGGAAAUUCUCAUCCGGGCUUCCUCUGUAAGCUGUCCAUACGCCCCUGUCGGCCUCCAGCCUCUGUCUCCUGCACCCAAGUGUCUUGUUUCAUUCAAGAAUUGGAGGCCAGGAGCUGGGAUGGACAGAUCCCUGUCUGAGAGAUUGAGGGAGGAGCCUGCCCCAAGGGGCUCAACACCGUGGUCCCACAGGCCCAAGUCUGCCCUGGGCAUCUCCUCUGUGUCCCACGCCCACCGCUCCUGGGGCCCCUGCAAGUCCUGCCUGGGGACAAAGGGCCCCAGAAGCAAAGCUGCCUCUCCCCAAACACUGCUUGUCUCCCCCCUGAGAGCCAGGGAAACCUUUACCCCUGGAAAGCAGGCUCUGUUUUCUGUCGCUACUUGGCCAAGCCACGUGCAAGGGAGACGGCCAGGAGUAGACCGGCCGCAGUGUGCCCGUGGGUCUGUCCUGUCCAGGAAUGUCAGCGCGGUUCUGAGCAAGCAGGGCAUGUCUGUCCGGUCCGGGGAGGAGCCCAUGGCCAGUGAGUGGCCCCGGCUGGCAGGAACAAAUCUGCCUUAACGUGCUGCUUUCCACAGUCUUCUAGAAAAUGAUUCCAGGACUUCAUAGUGCCCAGACUUGCUUCCUAGCGCUUCUAGGCCCGGGUUCUCAGCCUCCGCACUCUGGCGUCGAGGCUGGAGGACGCCUUUCGGAAAGGGCUGUCCAGGGCAUGGUGGAUGCCAAGCCACAUUCCUGGCUCUGCCCACUGCAGCCCACAGCACCUCCCCUGCUGAUAUGUCCCCAACCAGAUAUGUCCGUGGACAUUGCCCAGUGUCUACUGAGGGGGCCGCCGCCUCCCCGGCUGCUCCAAGCCUGGCAGCCGCCCCUGGAAUGAGGAGAGCUUCCUUCAGCCUGGACUUUUGUUUCCAUUCUCUGCUGCCAAACUGAGAUUUGAAGGAUCUCAAGGGGAAGAACACCGUGUGGUAUCAGAAACUCCUCCCGAGACAGAGGAAGGUGGUUCUGUUUCAGGAAGAGGCUGCGUCCUUGGCAUCUGUUCAGAUGAAGGCCUGGGAGUCCCGCGCACCCGUGCCGGCUCGACCAGCCCCUCCAGUAGCCUGCACCCUGCCUCAGCCCUGUUUUCGUUGUUGUCAUGUUGUCCUUGUGAUUGUUAAGACCCACGCCGGGCUCAGCAGUGGUUUUCCCAAAAAUGGAGAGAGUGCACAGCGGUUGCUCCAGUUGCUGUACCCCCUUGUGGGUUUCCUCUGGGGUGAGGGAGGUGGGUGGUUGGACUCUAUGUGCUGUUGGACUCUCGGACCCCCCCUACCUCUGAGCUCUCGAUGCUGCUAAUCUCUGCCCAGCAUCCCACGUGCUCCAGCUCCUUCCUCCAAGGACUGACGCCCGCCCCCAUGCCCUUUGCAAGGUUGUCCAGGCUGUGUUCGCCGCAUGCUCUUCUGUAUAGUUCUCAUCUUCUCAUUUGAUGGAAUUCAACAAAAGUCUACUUAUGCCUGUUUGCAUUAUGGUUAACAUAUU